AUGUUUGUUGCCUUUUUAUUACAGAGUAACUCUGUGAGAAAUGGAGCAUCAACAGAUAUUGAUGAGAGUCUAUAUUCUAGACAACUGUACGUGCUAGGACAUGAAGCUAUGCGGCGUAUGGCUCAUUCCAAUAUAUUAAUAUGUGGUAUGAAAGGUUUGGGUAUUGAAAUAGCCAAGAAUAUUGUAUUGGGUGGUGUUAAGUCUGUAACAGUACAUGAUAAAGAAAAUGCUGAUUGGAUGGAUUUAUCUUCACAGUUUUUUCUGAGAGAAGAAGAUUUGGGUAAGAAUAGAGCUGAAGUUUGUACACCAAGACUAGCUGAAUUAAAUAACUAUGUACCUGUUAUUGCCCAUACUGGUGAUUUGACUGAAGAUUUUCUGAAAGGGUUUCAAGUUGUAACAUUGACAAAUUCUUCACAUGAUGAACAGUUAAGGAUUAGUGAAUUAUGUCGUAAAAAUGGUAUAAAAUAUGUUAUAGCUGAUACCAAAGGGUUAUUUGGUAAAAUAUUUUGUGAUUUUGGUGAGAAUUUUGUUAUAAGUGAUACUGAUGGUGAACAGCCUACAAGUAAUAUGGUAGCUUCAAUAACGAAAGAAGAAGCUAGUGUAGUUACAUGUGUUGAUGAAACUAGACAUGGCUAUGAGGAUGGUGAUUUUGUAACCUUUCAAGAAAUUCAGGGAAUGACUGAACUAAAUAAUUGUAAACCAAUCAAAAUCAAAGUAUUAGGUCCAUAUACAUUUAGUAUUGGUGAUACAACAAGCUAUUCAGAUUAUGUAAGAGGAGGAAUAGUUACUAAAGUAAAAAUGCCUAAAACCAUCUGUUUUAAACCAUUGUCUCAAGCUAUCGAAGAACCAGAGUUUUUAAUGACAGAUUUUGCCAAGUUUGAUCGCCCUGGUUUACUACAUAUUGCCUUUCAAGCAUUGAGUGAAUAUCAAAAACAAAAAGGAGAUUUACCUAAAUCAUGGGACAAGAAUGGUGCUGAAGUAUUUCUCACUAUAUUUAAACAAGUAAAUGAGAAAUCAAAAGCUAAAGUAGAUGCGAUUGAUGAGAAUGUAUUAAGAUUAUUCUCCUAUGUAGCUAGAGGUGAUCUCUGUCCAAUGCAGGCUGUGAUAGGUGGUAUUUCUGCUCAAGAAGUUAUGAAGGCAUGUAGUGGCAAGUUUUCUCCUAUCUACCAAUUUCUGUAUUUUGAUGCUAUAGAGUGUCUACCUGAAGAACCAGAAAGUAAAAUAACAGCUGAUAAUGCUAAAGCUAAAAACUGUAGAUAUGAUGGACAAAUAGCAGUAUUUGGUGAUGGAUUUCAGAGAACAUUAGAAAAUCUCAAUUAUUUCUUGGUAGGAGCAGGGGCUAUAGGAUGUGAAAUGUUAAAGAAUUGGGCUAUGAUGGGUAUUGGUUGUGGUGAAAACGGUCAGGUUAUAGUCACUGAUAUGGAUACUAUAGAGAAAUCCAAUCUUAAUAGACAAUUUUUAUUUCGACCAUGGGAUGUACAGAAAACUAAAUCUUCAACUGCAGCUAAUGCUGUGAAACAAAUGAAUCCUAAUAUUAAGAUAUUGCCUAAAGAAGAUCGUGUUGGACCAGAUACAGAAAAUAUUUAUACUGAUGAUUUCUUUGAUCAGUUAGAUGGUGUAGCUAAUGCAUUAGAUAAUGUUGACGCCAGAAUGUAUAUGGAUAGAAGAUGUGUAUAUUACCGUAAACCAUUAUUAGAAUCUGGUACAUUAGGUACUAAAGCUAAUGUUCAGGUUGUCAUACCACAUGUAACUGAAUCUUAUUCUUCAUCUCAAGAUCCACCAGAGAAAUCAAUUCCUAUUUGUACACUUAAGAAUUUCCCUAAUGCUAUAGAACAUACUCUACAGUGGGCUCGAGAUGAAUUUGAAGGAUUAUUUACUCAGCCUGUAGAAACAGCUGUACAGUAUAUCACUGAUCCUAAAUUUGUAGAAAGAACUGUCAAGUUACAAGGAACACAGCCCGCUGAAACAUUUGAAGUUGUGAAAAGAUUUCUAGUGGAUGAAAGACCAAAAGAUUUUCAAGAUUGUGUGACGUAUAUUAGGAAUCAUUGGGAGAAGAAUUAUAAUAAUGUUAUUAGACAAUUAUUGUUUAAUUUCCCACCUGAACAGACUACAAGUACUGGAGCACCAUUUUGGUCAGGACCUAAAAGAUGUCCUCAUGCCCUGACAUUUGAUGUUAAUAACGAAACUCAUUUAGACUAUAUUGUAUCUGGUGCCAAUUUACAUGCUGAAAUGUAUGGUCUAAAACAAUGUCGUGAUAAGGAAGCUAUUAAAACUAUGGUAUCUAAAGUAAAGGUACCAGAAUUUACACCUAGAUCAGGUGUUAAAAUAGAUGUAACUGAUGCUGAAGCUCAAGCUAGACAGAAUGAUGGUUUUUAUGAUACUCAGUUAGAACAUUUCCAGAAAUCCAUUCCACCACCAUCAGAGUUUAAAUCCUUGAAUCUUACACCUAUAGAAUUUGAGAAAGACGAUGACACCAACUUUCAUUUAGACUUUAUUGUUGCUGCCUCUAAUUUACGUGCUGAAAAUUAUGAUAUCCCACAGGCAGAUAGACAUAAGAGUAAACUGAUAGCUGGAAAGAUUAUACCUGCUAUAGCUACAACUACAGCUUUAGUUGUUGGACUGGUAACAUUAGAAUUAUAUAAGCUAUCUCAGGGUCAUAAGAAAGUUGAAUCCUUUAAAAAUGGUUUUGUUAAUUUAGCUUUACCAUUCUUUGCCUUUUCUGAACCAAUUGAAGCACCUAAGAAUGAAUAUAACGGACAUAAAUUUACAUUAUGGGAUAGAUUUGAAGUUCAGGGUGAAAUGACAUUGAAAGAAUUUUUAGACUAUUUCCAGAAAGAACUUAAUUUAGAGAUAACAAUGUUAUCACAAGGAGUAUGUAUGCUGUACUCAUUCUUUAUGCAGGCAGCCAAACGAGAAGAAAGAAUGGUUUUACCGAUGUCUGAAGUAGUGAAGAAAGUGUCGAAGAAGAAAAUAGCACCUCAUGUUCGAGCUCUGGUGUUAGAAAUAUGUUGUAAUGAUAAAGAUGGGGAAGAUUGUGAAGUACCUUAUGUACAAUAUAAAUUACCUUAA